UGAUCAGCCACAUCCAUGAAAAGGGCUAAGUCAUCCUAGUUGGACCUCAAGCCACGUUCUUUUGGCGCCCCAUGGAGAAGCCGCAUGACACGGCUGGCUCCAUGCAGUUUCCACAACAUGCAGUGGAAGAAGAGGUAGGGAUCAGCGAGCACCUUGGCCCCGGGGUGCCGGGCUUUUCAGGUCAAUUCAAAUCACGCUGGCAGGACUUUCAUGUCCAUGAAGUCGACUUGGCAGGCAUUGAGCUACAUUUGACCGAACUCAUAACGCCUGGUGCUGUUGCAGCGGAGCUGAAGAAGGAGGCAGAGGAGCGAAGAGAAGCUCGAAAUGCCUUGGGGCCAAGCUUUUUCUUUGAUUCAACCACUGAAGCUGCUGUUCAUGAUGCCAUUGGCCAGAAGUAUUCGCAAGAGCUCCUGGGCUUCCUGCAGGAGCAGGCUCCGCCCAAGAAGGAAACUCCCCCUGAGCUGCCUGAAGAGCCGCCUGAGAAAGCCGAAAGAAGAGACUUUUUGGAUUUGAUUGCAGCAGAGGUCAAGGAUGGUUCCAAAGAGGCCAGGAAGAAAGCCCAUGAGGUGAUUCUGAAGCAUUUUGGAAGCUUCCUGAACACCGAGACUGUGGAGGCCAAGCCCGGCGAGGGAGAAGCUGGCACGCGUGUGAUCCGGAUCUGGAUGCGUGAGGCGGAGAAGAAGGUGAAGACUUCGAUGGGGAAGGCAGCACCAGAAGAGGGCAAAGGCACCCGAAAAGGAAAGAACAAAAGCAAAGGAAAGGGCCAGAAAGGUAAGGGAGACAAGGGAGUGAAGACACCUGAUGCUGGCGGCGAUUUCGGCGCCCUGCGCCGAGAGGGUUGGCCUAAAGACCGUCCGGAGUACUUGUACUUCCGCUUGUACAAGGAGAACUGCGACACCGGAGAAGCGGUCUCCGGCAUUGCCCGCUGCGUGGGCCGGUCGGCGAAGCAGUUUACCUUCGCUGGGACCAAGGACCGACGCGCCGUCACCGUCCAGCAGAUCUGUGCGCACCGCUUGCCCGCCGACCAGCUCCGGCGCACGGUGCUGCACCGCGGGUGGGACAAGCGCGUGCGAAUCUCAGACCUGGAGUACCGGGCGGAUCGAUUGCGCCUGGGCCAACUCUCUGGGAAUCGCUUUAAGAUCCUCCUGCGUGAGGUUCCAGUUGACGCCUUGGCAGGAUCGGGUCCGGCUGACCAGGUGUCCGAGAGUACCGUGAGCAGAGCCUUUGAGGCUGUGAGGACAGGAGGCUUCUUGAACUACUUCGGGUUGCAGCGCUUUGGCACGCGCCAAGUGAAGACGCACCAAGUGGGAGCGGCCAUUAUCGCGAGAAAGUGGGAGGAGGCAGUUCACCUCAUCCUGGGGGGUGCUAAGCGGCCAGCAGAGGUGGAAGCUGCUUCAGAUCGACCAUGCAAGCUUCCGCGGAAGGAGGGAGAUGAACAUGUUCCGCUGAACGAGGGCGACGAAGAUGAAGGCGAUCAACCGCAGGUGAAAGCAGUCAAAGGCCGUGGAAAGGGUGACGCACAAAAGCUCGUGAGCGAAGCACAACGAGUCUACCUGGACACUGGCGAUGCGCAACGGGCCUUAGAACUCAUGCCUCGGAGCCAUUCUUUGGAACGCUGCCUCCUGGGCGCCCGUGCACGCGCCUUGACCAACCAGGAGGCCUUGCAGCAAUUGCCGCAUCAGGCGCUGUCGCUCUACGCCCACGCGGCUCAGAGUGUGAUUUGGAACGCCGUGCUCUCCCGACGCCUGCGGCACUUCGGCCGUUCGCCAGUGGCCGGUGACCUGGUCCUGCUAGCGGCGCAGGAGUGGACGGUGGACCAGGUUCUGGAGGGGGUGGAGGCCGAAGGGGACGAGCCAGACGAGACGCCCACAGCCGAUGGGAGAUGCGGCACUGCCCUGCCUCCUGUACGCAUUCUCACUGAGGAGGAGGCCAAAACUGUCCGGCUUCAAGAUGUGGUGCUUCCGCUUCCUGGCUUUGAGGUGGUAUACCCCAGCCACUUGCGGGAUGCCUAUGAGGAGCUGUCACAACGUCUUCUCGGUUUGUCUCUGGCAGACUUCUCCGAAUGCACCAUGGUGAGGUUGUCAGGCUCCUACCGCACAGCCGCUGCUUGCCCGCAGGAUUUGCAAUGGCACGCCCUCAGUCCGGAGAGCUUGCAAUCGACGCCGGCCUUGAUGGAGACCGAUGUAGCGCGACUGCUGUCCGAGCGGGAGCACAAUCCGCAGCUGGAAAACCGCUCCGAGAAAUCUCAAGCUGAGUAUUCUGAAGGUAAAGGCACAGGAGCUGUGGCUUUCAGCUGCAUUCUGCCUCCUUCGUCCUACUUGACGAUGAUGCUCAGGGAGUUAAUGAAAACCGGAGUCUGAGAUUGGCCCUUUGACAUCCAGUGCGCUCAGAUGAGAAUAGACACAACUGAGA